AUGUCUCCCCAAUCAAGAUUAGAGAGUGAAGAGAUGUCAAAAAUCCCUUACCAAGAACUGAUUGGAAGCUUGCUAUUUGCUGCACAAGUAUCAAGACCAGAUAUCAGCUAUGCAGUAAAUAAUUUAAGCCGUUUCAAUCAAAAUCCAGGGAAGGCUCACUGGACAGCAGCAAAAAGAAUAUUACGCUAUCUCAAAGGUACUGCAGACUUUAAACUUUGCUAUUCCAAGAAUGAUGAAGAUGAUAAGCUUUUAACUGGGUUUUGCGAUGCAGAUUAUGCUGCUAAUAUAGAUGACCGGAGAUCCGUCACUGGAUAUGUUUUUAAAAUGUUGGGUGGCGCUAUUUCAUGGUGUUCCCGCAAACAGCCUACAGUUGCUUUAUCGACCACAGAAGCUGAAUACAUGUCACUAAGUACACCUAUUCAAGAAGCACUUUGGCUUACCGGUUUGAAGAAAGAACUACUUCCAGACACAGACAAAAUUGUUUUAUUCUGUGAUAAAUCAAAGUGCUAUAUCCCUAACUACUUCCAAUGCAAGGACUAA